GUCCAAACAGAUCUCGGAUAGAGGGACCUUCCUGCUCGCCGGGUGACAAUCUUGGAAUUGCGUUAAUUUUAGUUGUUCCUUUUUUUUUUUGUGCAACCGGCACGAUACCAAUGGGUUAACAAUCUACAGUUGUUAAAUGAGGACAACGUAAGAGACCGACGUCUGUGAAAUCGUCAGAGGCUACGUAAGGAUCUUUUUACCCAGUGGAAAAUGAGAGGCCAGUGAAACAGCCUCCACCAUCAUCAGGGUGACGGACUCCGGGGAUGGGACCUAUCGCUAAAGCUAUGUGGAAAAAGAUAAUGCAUUCAGUGUACAGUAACUAACGAUGUUCAAUUCACUCCAGCCUGGUUCGGAAGAAUAGGCCUAUUGGAUGUUCUGACUGAACACGUAGCCUAUAGCAUCUCUUUGCAGGUUUCCUUGAUGCUAUUGGCUCCAUCCGCAAGAUGCUGCCUUGUUUGUGGAGAGCCGUGCGUCCUGCCUUAACCCUGCGGACGGGAAUAUUUCCUGGUCCCGUGCGAGGAAACAGUUCACCUAUCUACCGCAAUACUACGUCCGUUAUCCAAGCCUCUCACUUUGGCACCCAUCCUCUUAAAGAGCCUAUGGAGCCUAUGACCUCUCCGCAAGGAGCCCGGGAGUUUAUUUAUAGCCUCCAUCCCACGGAGCGAACUUGCCUUUUGCGAGAACUCCACCGCUUUGAGUCUAUUGCAAUGGUUCAAGAGCAAUUGGAGAUGGCACCUCCAACUUCUGCACAACUUAGAUACGUACUUUUCCACAAUGCUCUUCCGUUCAUUGGGUUUGGUUUCCUGGAUAAUGCCAUCAUGAUUGUUGCGGGUACCCAGAUUGAACUCUCAAUAGGCGUUAUCCUUGGGAUCUCUACUAUGGCAGCUGCAGGCCUUGGAAACCUGGUAUCAGAUCUGGCUGGUCUGGGUCUUGCAGGUUAUGUGGAAGCUUUGGCCUGCAGGAUGGGGAUGCAGAUACCAGACUUAAGCCCCAAACAGGCCGACAUGUGGCAGACACGGCUCAGCUCUCAUUCCGGAAAAGCCAUAGGAGUGGCCAUCGGCUGCAUACUGGGGAUGUUUCCUCUUUUCUUCAUCAGCGACGAGAAGAAGGACGGAAAGGAUGGAAAGGACGCUGCCCAGGCCUCUGUGGACCCCAAAGCUGAAUAGCCUAUCUAAUGGCUAUCUGUUCAAGGGCUUGCCUGUAAAGAGAUAAAGACUACCACACACAGAAAACAAGAGCAGCAUAGCUCUCCAACAGCUGACGUAAUAUCGAGAAAUUAAAUUAAGACUCCAAUAUGCAUGGUUUUAAUGACGCACUCUAAAAUCUAAAUCUCUUUAACAUCUCAGCUAUUUUUUUAAAUAUCAAACGGGAGCACAACCCUCUACAAUGUCUCUGCCACCUUUGUCUGUAUUUACCUCAACUGUACUGUGCAAUCUAGAGAUUAGAGCUUUUUUAGCUGUUUUAAUUUAGGAGUCACAACAUUGUCAGAGCUGUUCCAAGCCAGCAUGCCACUGAAAUUGUAGGGGAAAAAAUGGGAUUUUAUUGGCUUAUUAUUAACUUAUGUGACUUUACCUCUCUCACCCUAGCUGUUUAAAUCAGUCUUUUUUUAGAUUAGAGUUGGAACAUUUCCAUGUGGCUUCCCAAUAUUUGCUGUAUAACGCUUAAUUUGAUGUGCAAGAAUGUUUAUAAACAUUAAAACACCACCAGACAUUGAUUCAUAA